AUGUCAUUUUCUACAUAUGUUAUAAUCAUUGGUUGCGCCAUUGGUAGUAUUUAUUACUACUUGAAGAAUCUUGAAUUGGCAAAAUUACGAGACGAUCAUGCUAAAUUAGCAUCUCAUAUCGAAACUAUACAACGGAAUUUAGACAGUAAUCGUGAUAAAUUACAAGUAGUUGAAAAAUUGAAUUCUGAAUUAAUUGCCAAAUCGAAAGCUUCAGCAUCAAUUGAAACUCGAGCUAUUGCUGAAGAUAAAGCUAAUCAAGAAAAAUUAAAAACACAAUUAAAAGAUAUAACUAAAAAAUAUAAUGACUUGAUAGAAGAGAAGAUUAAAUUAGAAUCUCAAUUUAAAGAAAAACAACUUAGUAUUAUUUCCGAACAUAAUGAUAAAAUUAAAGAAUUACAAUUAUCAAAGGAAUCAUAUGAAAGUGAAGUUAAAAAUAAAUUGGAGAAAACUUUUGAUUUUAAAUUAAAUACUGCCAUCGAACAAGUCGUAGCAGGCAGAGAUUUACAAAUCCAACAAUUGACUGAUGAAUUGAGUGAACUUAAAAAAGUCUUAGAGCAAGAAAUUACCGAUCAUAAUGAAUCUAAAGUUACCAACGAACGUAAACUUUUAGAAUUACAACAAUUGAAAGAUGAAACUGAAAAGAAAUAUGACGAUCAAACCGUAUUAUAUGAUAAAUUACAAUUGGUGAAUAAAUUACAAUUAGAAGAGAAUGAACAAUACAUCAAAGAUAUAACUGCUAAAGAAGAAGAAAUAGAAUCUUUACAAAAGAAAUUAAAGGAAAUGAAUGCAGAUUUGACUCAAGUAACUAAAGAUUUGAAAGAUUCAAAGGCAACUAUUGUUGAAAUUGAAAACACUACUAAAGAUUUGAAAUUAAGUCAAGAAUUAUUGCAUAAACAUUUAUCACUGGAAAAAGAUUUGAAAGAUGAACUUGUGGCUAAAGUUGAAAAAUUAGAGAAAGAUAUAACUUCAAAGCAGUUUAUAUUAGAUGAACAAGACAAGAAAUUAUCAUUAAUUGAACAGCCAUUAUUAGUUUUAGAAGAUUAUCUUGAAGUUUUGAAAGAAACCGAUGAUAAUUUUCCUCAUUCGUUAUUAGAUCGUGAGAAAGAUGUGUCAAAAUCUAUUGACAAUGAUUCUGAUGUUAUCAAAGAAGAAGAAGUAACAUUUGAUGACGAUGUAUUUUCUAAAAAAUCAAUCAAAGUCUUAUCAUUGGCACAUAAGUAUAUUGACAUUUUAAGACAAAAAACUGUUAGUAAACGCCAAUUGAUUGAACAACAAAAUAAAGAUAUUGAAGAUUAUAAACAACAAUUGAUGAAAGUGAAUUCAAAUAAUGUUAUUUUAGGUUGUGAAAUAAUUUCCAAUUUACAAAUAUUGCAACAGGAACUUGAAAAGAAAGAGGAUAAAGAUAGUAAAGUGAAUGGCAAAAUUGAAGAGAUUAAAAGUAUUGUCAAUAGUUUCACAUCACCAGUUGCCCCAAAUAAAGUUUCCAAGGAGGAUAUUACCGAAAAAUCACAAAACGCUAAAACUAUAGUAGAUGAAACUAAAGAUGCAAGCACUGUAAAGAACCAAAACAACACAACUGAAAGCUCAACAGACGUUAUCUCCAACACUGAUUAUAAUGACAUUGACAAUUCAACAACUGCUGAAACACCAUUUACAGAACUGGAAAAAGACACUGUAUCAGAAUCACUCGAUACAACAACAGCACCAAAAACUAGUACCACUAAUAGUGAUGAUGAUGUUGCUCAAUUAAACGACAAAAAAUCAAUUGUAUCAUUUGGAUCAUUUGAUGAACAAAUUGAUGAAAAGACUGAAGAAAGUUUACGUGAAUUGAAAAGUCUUAAUAGACUUUCUGAUAAACUUGAAAUCAAGAAUUCUGAUACACCAAAUAAACUGACCAAUGCUGCCAUUAAUGAUGUUCAAGAAAAAACUAAACCUGAAAAAGUUUCCACUUUAUUGAAUGAUGAUGAUGAGCAAAAAGUAAAGACUGAAGUUAAUGUCGAAUUAAAGGACAAGACAGAGGAGGAAAAGAAAUCUGAAGAAAUUAAUAAAUUGACACCACCAGAUGUUGUUAUUGAUAAGGAUGAACCUGUCAAAACCUUAGACGAGUCGUUGGGUGAGACAAAGGAAAUCAAAAAGGAUACUGCUGUUAAACCAUCUACCACUACUAAAGAGGUAAGCAAGAAUGAUUCAAUUGUUGAACCUAAAACAAUUAAAUUUCAUACAGAAGUUAAAGGAGAAACCAAGAGUGAUUCAACUACUGAACCUAAAGUGAAGGAAACGCCCAAAGACACAAAAGAAGAAAUUAAGACGGAUGCUAUUGUUGAACCUAAAGUUGCCAAACCAAUCGAUGAAUCCAAGGAUGACAUCAAGAAAGAUUCUGUUAGUGCUGAACCAAAAGUAGUUGAACCACUUGAUGAACACAAAGAAGAUAAAACAGAAACUGCAAAGAUCUGCACUGAUACAUCUACAAUUGCAGAACAGCCACCUGUUAAAACUGAAAUUGUUGAUAGCAAAAAGAAGGAGCCGGAGCCUUUGGCCGACGAUAAAACCAAAGCUAGUGAAGAUAUCAAAGAUGUAAAUAAAAUCGAAAAGAAAUCUGGAAAUAAAGAAACUAUGGUUGAUACGAAAUUGGAAACUACUUUGGAUAAAGAAGUAGAUACUGAUUCUAAUAUUCAAGAAAAGAAGGAAUUAUUCCAAAUUAAAGAGCCAGUAAAAGAUGAAAAACAAAUUAAAGAAGACUUGGUCAAAGUUGAAACCCCAUCCAAAGAUGAAGAACCGGCGAAGGUUGAAGUUCCAUCCAAAGAUGAAACACCAUUCAAGAUUCAAAAUAUUGAUAGUACCACUGAUAAUGGCAAAGCUAAAGAUGAGAAAGAUAAUGUUUCUAAAGUUGAUUCUAACGUUGAUACUAAAGUAGUUACCAAAGACGAUCAAGAUGGUAUUAAAAAAGUAGAAGAGAAGCCUGUUGAAAAGAAAGACGACGACGAAGGUAAGAAAGACAAUGAAAAGGUUACUGUUCACAAGGACAAUGAGGAAGAAGAUAAGGAUAAGGGUGUCAAUGAAGCCAAAGAUAAGGUUCAGAAAGAUGAUGAUGAAGAAGAAGACAUUGAUAAAGACCUUGUUAUUGUAAACAAGGAAGAAGAAGACAAAGAUAAAGACGUUAAAGACGAUAAUAAAGAUGUUAAUAAAGCUGUCGACAAUGACAAGGAAAAUGAAAAUGAAGAAGAUGACUACAAUACCGACAAUGAAAAUAACACUUUGAAAACACCAUAUGAUUUUGAAGCUAGUCCUUCUCCUAGUCCAAGUAUUAGUUCUCAAUCAUCUCAAUCUCAAAAAUCUUCACCACUGAAAAAAAAUAAGAAGAAAGGUAAAAAGAAGAAUAAAACUACAUUUUAA